GUGAUCCUGUGAUGGCGUCUUUCUUUCCACCAAAACGGUGAAUGGAAGCAGACAGCCAGAUCCUGAGAAGGUUGGUGUCUGACAUUGCUGACGUGGCUUCUGCAGCUGCACAAGUGCACUGAAACAUUCACCAGAAUGAAAGAAAAUCCUGUUAUUCCCUGUGAUGUCUGAUAUUCCUGCUUCCAAACCACAAGUGUCAUGGUGUGUCCAUGAAUUCAGAGGGAAGGAGGCGGAGUUCAUGUGGUGUAAUAAAAGUAAGCUUGGAGGAAAAUGUGACAGAUGUGGAGGCCUGUGCCAGCGAGAAAAGCGAGAGUUGGACUGUCAGACAUGUCGACUCCGGCGUAGUGAUGGAUGGAGAGUGAGCACCUGUCAUUGAUGAGAAGCCAAGGAGAAGCUUCAGCUUGAAGCUGUCAUCGGCCCUCUGAUUCUGUCUGCCUCACUCUAUCAUCCCUCCCUCCUUCCUCAAUCUCGCUCUCUCUCUUUCUCUCUCUCGCUCUCUCUCUCUCUCUCUCUCUCUCUCUCUCUCUCUCUCUCUCUCUCUCUCUCUCUCUCUCUGUGAUGUGGAUGCAGAGUGUGUGAGUCGUGAGGCAGCCAGCAAGCGUGUGCGCUGUAGGAAUUUGCGCGACCAGCUCUUGGGGCAUUUAAAAUCGGAGACGGCGACAGACCGACUGGGGUGCAGGCAGCCCGCCACCCUGACACCGUCGAGACCGACGCUCCCUCUCCCGGACUGACAGGCCAAUCGCAGGCCACCACUCGCCCUCCCUCCAUCCAUCCACAGUGUGCUCUCCCUCUCUCUCUCUCUCUCUCUCUCUCGCACUCACUCUCACUCCCUCCUCCUCUUUCUCUCUCUCUCUCUCUCUCUCACUCUGGUUUUCAUUCCUUUGCGUUCAAUCCGUGCAUCCCCUCCUCCUCCUCCUCCUCCUCACACCUUUUGGUCAGAAGAGGAAGAGGAAGCCCAGCCCAGGGAGAGACGCUGAGAGGAUGAAACUCUGACACGCCGACAGACCACAGGGAAACAAGAGCACAACUAUAAUUGCUAGAAGGAAGCGCCCAGGAAGGUCAGCCAAGAAUCCCGCUGUAGGUGCCGAAGUGAAAUCUACAGGACUACAAUUACUUGGACAGACUGAGGCAGCGGAGCAAAGUGAAUGACAGCACCUGUGGCAACAGCAGCGAGUCGAGUGACCCAGCUUCAGCCCGACCGGCUUUACCUGUACAUGGAGACCCCCAGCUGGGCAGGAAACACGUUGUGUAAGUCAGGAAGCAUUGCUGUCUUCGGGAACGUGGUAUACAGCGGACUGCUGAACGAUCACCUCUGGCAUUUGGGAGUGCCCCUCUUUACAAGACUGGGUAACCAAGAGGCCACUAACCCCCCAGAAGCAAUGGCCCAGCCGUACACCCCAGCCCAGUACCCGCCCCCCCCACAGAAUGGUAUCCCCGCAGAGUUUGCGGCACCACACCCGCUUCCAACGCAGGACUACACCGGGCAGAGCCGGGUUCCUGAGCACGCCAUGACCCUCUACACGCCCACACAGACGCACAGCGAGCCGGCCGGCACUGACAACAGCACGCCCGCCAUCACCGCCACCACGACCGCACCGGUCAGUGUCCAUCAUCUGCAAACACUGUUCUCAGCACGCUGUCAGCAAACAGAUGAUGUGACGCAAACAGAGGGCUCUCAGCAGCUCCAGCUCCAGCACUCAGACUCUUCAGAGAAGCAGCAGCCCAAAAGGUUACAUGUCUCCAACAUUCCCUUCCGCUUCCGGGACCCUGACUUAAGGCAAAUGUUUGGGCAAUUUGGAAAGAUUUUAGAUGUGGAGAUUAUCUUUAAUGAGCGAGGAUCCAAGGUGAACAAUGCAACAGCACGAGUGAUGACAAACAAAAAAGUGGCCAACCCUUACACAAAUGGCUGGAAGCUGAAUCCAGUGGUAGGAGCUGUCUAUGGUCCUGAACUGUAUGCUGUUACAGGGUUUCCCUACCCUGCCACAGGCGCUACGGUGGCCUAUAGGGGUGCCCACUUGCGAGGUCGGGGGCGGGCUGUGUACAACACAUUCCGCACAGCUCCACCACCACCACCAAUCCCAGCUUACGGAGCGGUGGUGUACCAAGAUGGCUUCUAUGGCGCAGAGAUCUAUGGUGGCUAUGCAGCAUACAGAUUUGCCCAGCCCACCACCACCGCUGCUUACAGUGACAGCUAUGGCAGAGUCUAUGCAACAGCAGACCCCUACCACCACACGAUUGGCCCUGCCGCCACAUACAGUGUGGGAACUAUGGCUAGCCUAUACAGAGGAGGGUACAGUCGCUUCACUCCCUACUAAAAGAAAGAAAAAAAGACAGAGACAUUACCCCAACAAACAAACAAAAAACAAUCUAAAAAAAAAGACAAACUCAAAACAAGCAAACACCCGGUCCUUGGUGGAGAGCUAAAUCAAACAAAAAGCUUCCAGGUCCUAAUGCUGAGCCCCUCCCCUGACACCCUCUCAAGCCGAUAUUUCUACAGCAACCUAUUUGAUGUCAUCAUUGGUCUGCUAUUGUUUUUUUUUUUUGUAUUCAUUUUGUGCUUUUGGUUUUCUUUUGGAAAGUUUUAUGCACAUAUGCAUUACCUUGAUUGCUGAAUAUGGGUGCUGUGUCACCAUAACCAAUGUGAGCCUACUGCAGCACGCAUGAUGCAUGCUCAGAGGUGUGUGUAUGCAGCCGCUGUCAUCUGACUAAGAAUAUACUAGGGCAUUUUUAUGAUGUUUACAUGACAAACAGGAAACAUACUGGGUCUGAUCACAUAAACACUUAUCACUGAUCCAUCCCAGUUAAUUAUUUUUUACUUUUAUCUUCCAUUUAAGAUGCAGAAAUAAAGAGAUCAGUCCACACGGUGACUACAUGCCUUGGUAAUUCUUAGUUCAAAGACAGCACUGCUCUGAUUGCUUUUGUUUUCCUUUAAAAGUUGGACUGUCCUACUGUUGUGCACUUGUGCGUUACAUGCUGUACUAUGUGGUAUGACAGCAUGCAGAGUAAAGGGUUACACAUUUUCUGUCUUGGGCUCACAAUGCUCAUACUGCAGCUCAGUCUCCUGCAAAUUACUGUACGUUUGUAUGCAACUGUUCUGCAUUGGCGGUUAUGUUUUAGGGGGAACGCUGGCCGGGUUAUGUUCAGGGACAAAGUUGCGUAGCAUUUCAAAUGAGUACAGCCAAAGGUAAAUAUGUGGGGAUGAGCGUUUGUCUUUCCCGCCAUCAACUGGGGUUCACAUCUUGUCUCAUCCCUGUUUGGUAAAUGGCCACAUCUUUUAAACUUCUCUCCCCUAGUUUGUAACACUGAAAUUGGGUAGACAGACUGAUGACAUCAUUAGUGUUAUUUUUUCAGACUUUAUAAGGUUCCUCCAGAACAACAGAAGACAUUAUACAAGUGUUUUCAUAGGGCAAAUAGUUCCCAUAAUAAAGAGUGAAUUUAAAAAAUAUAUAUAGUGUAGAAAUUAUAGAUUUUUAAAACGUUGGCACUGAAUGUUUUGCAGUUUGUAAGAUUAUAUGUAUAUCUGUCUGAUAUGUUGAGUUUACCUAAAAAGUUUAGUUUUUGUGUUAGUACUCAUGUGUCUACUCCGUGAAAUGGUACAUUUUGUAGUUAUAUUGUGAUAUUGUUGUAUGGGCAUGAAUUAUAUUUAAUGCUGCUUGAAAUAAUUUGAUGAAAGAAAAUACACAUAAAUAUGGAGGAGCAGGACCUAGCUAUAUAAAGCAGUCCAGAGGCUGUAGCUUGUAAAUAGGAUUUAUUGCAAGAAUUUUGUAGUGGAUUAGAUCCAUUAGUCUAUUGACUGAUUGGUUGAUCAUAAAAAAAUCAGGUAAUCUUUUGAGUCAAACAUAAAGGAAAAAAUUAAAUAUAAGAGUUACUGGUUCCAGAUUUUCUGUUUUUAUUUUUAUUACUGUAAAUCAGAUCUCUUUGGUUUUAGAUUGUUGGUUGAACACAAAGCAAUACAAAGGUACCACCUUUGGCUCUGGGACCUGAGGGCCAUUCUCAACAAAAUUGAAUGGGUGGUCGGUUAAUUGGAAAAUUGCAUAACAGUGUGCAGCAGUUUCUGUUUGUCUUCAGUGUGCGUUUUCCCCAAAAUGUAAUCACUAAAGUUAAAUAGUUGCAUAUGAACUUUUGCAGAAGACACGGCUGCAUAUCCUCACUAAUACACCAUGGCAGAUAAACUGUACGCAACACUAAACAUCUUCCACAUCGACUUACACACACAGUAAAGACACAGCACUGAGGUGGGCGAAGCUGACAGAGGGCUGUUCUGCUACGAGUCACCGGUCUCUUUUUUAAGCAUUGCACAAAAUGUUUUACCUCAGGAUAAGCUAACUGAAACUCAAACUAGAAUAUAGUGCUAUUCACUUCUCAGCAGGCAGGACAGUUUUAUUUCUAACACAACCAGCAGGUUUCUCCUCGUUGCAACACGGCUUUCUAGAAGAGCUGAUUUUUGUUAAAGCAGAGACCCUAAGAGAGGAUGAUAAAAUAAGACUCUACUGUUGCUCUUUGUUAAAGCUACUGUAAAAUACUUAUGUAGACAUAGACUGUAUAAAACAUUUUCAACUGUAUUCACAGACAAGUACAGUAAGAUAUUAUAUAAAAGCACCCAGGAGUUAGGCGACACAAUGUAAAUGUGUGUGGAGUGCAGCAGUGCUCACCUCUUAGACAUACAGUGAUUGCAUUGGUUUCUAUUACAAUGUUGUGCUACGUGAGGUGGAUUGAAAAGAAAAUCUCUGUGUAGCUACUGCUAGCUGUCAAGAUUUUAGUGCAGCUAUGGAAAUACAACUCAAAGCUAUUGCCAAUAACAUUUAAUUUAAAUGUACUCACAGAAGUGUUUGUGGUCUCAAAAGAAAAAAAAAUGUUUGUUGCACUUUUUUUUGAGUUUUUCAAUACUUUCCGAGAUGUAACAUAUUUAUAAAAGUAUCAUAUACAGCUAGUUAUGUUUAGUCAAGAUGUUAAAAUUAUAAAGAGUAAUGUUGUAUAUCAAAAAAAAAAAAAAAAAAGAAAAUUAACCCAUUAUCUCAUGAGUCAAACUAAAUCUUUAUGUGGGUAAACAAACGUUGUUCUUCCUUUUAUAUGCUAGUACGUACGCACCAUUUGGGGUUUUUAUAUGAGUCAAAACAAACUUUGAAUAUUAUUUUUACCAUGUCGUAUAAACUCUGCAGCAGAGAACCUGUGUGGGUGUUCAGUUAGUGACCACUAUUAGUAAGCUAGACUGGAAUGAAAUAGAUCUGUUUUCUGAUAUGAAUGUGUGUGCCUGCGUGCUAUAUAUAAAUAUAUACAUAUAUAUAUAUGCAUUAGAAUGUGUGCGUGUUUGUGUGUUGUGUGUGAGGGAGGAGAACGUGGACGUGUCAGAGUAUGCAGUUUGCUAACAUACUGUAGUUCGCUAACAGUUUUACAUGACUUCACUCUACGUCCCUGUAAUAACAUCACGAUAGCUUAAUGCUGACCUCAAAUUUAUGGCAAGAAAAUUAUCGAUUGUACCUUUUAAUCAGAUUUUCCUCAUCUCAAGUAAUGAAGGACUACCUUUGGGGAGUUUAAACCAUUCGUUCUCCUUAAGCAGUAUCUGAGCUGGUGCACAUGCUUCCACACACAAUGGGUGAAGCAAUUGUAUGUGAAGGGUUGGGGUUAAACUGAAAGUGAGAAAAUAUCAGAUUGGUCUUCCAUCGAGUCUUGAGCAUAAGUAGCUAAAGUUGUAGCACAGAUAUUUUGGAAUGAACUUAAAUUAUUCAAAUUUAAAUUUUUCAUCAUAAAUUGAGUCCAACUUUUUCCCAAUAGUUUGACCAGUAAUCUUAGUAGUAGGUUGUUCUCAAGAAUCACAGGCAUCUGCAGUUUUAGUUAUAUGUAUAUAUUUAUAUAUUGUGCUUCCUGAUGUCAAAAGACCUGUUGGUCAACUGCUCAACGUGACAUUAACAAAAUAAAAUAAAAUAGACAGACACGUAUAUUAGUUAUCCAAAGAAAUAUCUCACCAUGGGGGUUUUCAUGACAGACUCAUGGCUUUUACUUCCUUUCACACAUCUCCAGUCAUGUUAUUACAGGGACAGGUUUUUGAGUAUUGUCAUCUGGAAUAGCUCUUAUCAGUCUGCACGGGUUUGUCUACAGUUUACAGAAAAAGUUAAAAUUAGUAUUGUUUAACUGUUUCAGUGUCAGCUUAUCAAGGCUUAAAUGUUAAAUACAUAACAUGUAAAUAACUCUGGUAGUCAGUAUUGUGGAGGUCUGAGACGUUUAAUUAUGCUUACAGUCAAGUCAAAAGUAAUUUAAAUGUGAAUUUAUAAAAACAAGCACUUUGAUAUUUUUUGGUUUAGUUUGGUUUUGUUGUAUUCCAUAACCAGCUUAAUAUGCAACCAGACCUCCAUUUGAUCCAAACAUUUGUUCGUACUAUUAAUAGUAGUAUUGAGAUACGUUUACAUAUCCACAGAAAAUACUCUUCAUCUAUCAUUUCUAUUUAUUAAUACUAUUGUAUUCACUAAGCCCUGAUAAGCUGGCAGGUGCAUUUAUUAAUCCACUUAAAAGAUUUGUACAAAAAAGAACCAAGCAAAAAAGUUAAAGUACUUGUAAAUACAUUUAAAUGUAUAUACACACACACUAUAUCGCAAUUCUCUCAGUAACUGUUUUAUAUGUAUUCCUAUAUGAAGUGGGGUUAUCUGUGUAUUUUCAAUUCAGCUGAACUUGUUCUUGAAUUGUCUGUCAUUUCUAUAAUGAGAAUAUAUUGUCUGAAAGGUGUAAAGUAAUUUUCUUUUGGAUUCAUUUCAUGGGUAAAAGUAUACUAUUAUGACUUUUUUUGUUCUUUAUUCAUGAAUUCUUUUUGUUGUCAAUAUGUGACAUAAGUAAUCUCUGAUUGUUUUGAGUGUCAGAAUAAAGCAGUUAUAAGAACAUUA